AUGGCUCCGCUGCCCGGGGUGCACCCAGGCGCCCUGCCGCGCAGCGAAGGAGUGGAUCCCGUGCUGUCAGCAUUGCAGCGAUAUCGUGAAGCAGCUGGGAGCACCUUCCAUCCGCUCAGUGAGGUGGAGGAGCCAGACGACCAGGCGCCCUUCGAGGACCGCACCGCACAGAGGUUUGCUGCGCGCUCCAGCCCGUCUGCAAGCUCCAGCAGCAGUCCGAAGGGCCAUCGUCCGCCUGUGCGCCCGUCCGAGUUCCAUGGUCUGGAGGAGGAUGUCCGCAAUGCAGUCUGUGGUUUCGGAGCCUACGGAGACUUGCGCGACUUCUUGCCAACAUGGUUGAGCUGGAUUAGCCCCUGGUUGGAGCCCGCCGCGCCCGAUCUUUGUGGUCACCUUCCGAGCGGGCAGUUUGCCAGUGCCAGCGGCGCGAGCGGUGGAAGCAUGACAUUUGCCGAAAGUCCCAGAUGCGCGAGCGAGGCAGAAGACAGCAGCACACCAGUGCUUGUUCCAGCUUCCUUCUCAUCAGGUGUCAAGCAAGUGGGACUCCCCUCGCCACCAGUUUCACAGGCCAAAGAUGGGUUGAGUCGGCCACGUGUUCGCCGGGCCUUGGAGGCCAUUCGCGAGCUUCCCGAUGGCUUGCGAUCGAGUACCUUCGACGACCUGGUGAUUCCAGAGGAAGUAGAGCAAGUGCUUGGGCCCCUGCCGGACUGUGCGGAAGAGGGGCUAGAGAUCGGUGGCGUCUUCUCAGACUAUUCGGAGGGCUGGGGCUUGGGCAAAGUCUGCCAGGGGCUUGUGGGAGACAAGACCGCCGCUCUCGUGGUCCAGUUGCGCCUUCCAAAGCCUUUGAACAACGGGCAGAUGCGGCGGCUAGGCGCCGCGCUGCGGCGAGGGGCCCUCGAGGCUCGCUCGGACUUGAGCCGACCCGUCGGAGCGGUCGCCCCCAGCGAUGGUUCUCCAGGGGUUUGGAUCGCUUGGGAGCGGCCUGGCGGAAGCUGCAGCACCCUCUCGCCCUUGCCCAUCGAGCUGCAGGAAUCAGCUCCAGGCCUUUCUUGGCGGCUCUCGGUGGCACGACAGCUCUGCCUCGCAGUGGACGCUCUGCAUAGGUCUGGAAAAGCGCAUGGAAGUCUGUCUCCGCGCAAUGUGCUGGUCGCCACCACAGGUGACGUGACGAUCCUGGAAGCAGGGCUCGUGGACGCGCUCCUGGAGGUGGAUGCCCUGCGCGAGCACGAUCUUCUUGGUGCACUAGGCUUGCAGUUCGCCCGCUAUGUGGCCCCAGAGGGGUGGCACGUCCCCCGCAGCGGCGGCACAGCAGCCGACAUCUUUGCUCUAGGCCUUGUCCUACUCGAGGUCUUCGAGUGCUGUGGACAGCCCAAUCCAGAGUGCAAGAGCUUGCAGCAGCUGAGUGCAAAGAUGCUGCCCAAACGAGGCCAUUGGCAGCCGCAGGUUAAAGCCAGUACCUUCUACGAUGAGCUUCCGCAGAUAGCCAGGAACACAAUCGAGUUGUGUUUCCAUGCCGACCCUGGCAAGCGUCCCUCUGCACAGGAGCUGCUCUUCGGCCUCGCCGCGCCUCCGGAAGUGUCGGAGGUAGAGCAGCUUCAAGCCAUCACCUUCGCGGAGUUCAAGAACUUGCUGUACGGCUCUGACGAGUCUGAUGGGCUCAAGUCGGGAUCCACUGCGAUUUCAGGAUCAAGUGGGAAGUCUCAGCAGGACUUGGAUGCAGACUUGAACGCCGAAGUUGCCGAGGAGCAAAGCGCGAAACCUUUGGCAAAGCCGCCAAGGCACAUGUCCUGGCCCUCUGGGCCACGUCCGGAACUCCGGGCGAGCCCAGCCAGACGUCCAGGGGACCAGGAUGUCCCCGAAGAGAACGGGAUGUGUCCCCCCUCGGAGAACGGCUGUGCCAAGCGCCCCAGAGCCUUCAGCGCGGAUGAUGCCGAAGGGCUUCUUGAACCCCCGCUGCCUCCGCCUCCACCGCAGCUCGCGGCGAGGUGCCAGGUCAAGGCGAGCUCCCGAGCUCCCCGUGCCCUCGAGGUCCGGCGGCCAGCACCGAUGGAGGCUACGGUGGAAGAGCCCGCCAGUUCUGCGCUGUCUCCGCUCUCCCCGGGCCCGCCACCACCACCACCGCCACCACGGCCACAAGUGCCGUUCAACUCCGUGGAGCCGACGAUCGUCGAGGCUGGUUUGCCAGAGAGGGCCCCUUCCCGGAAGUCCAGGCCGCCGUCCCCUCCUCGCCAAAUCGACAGGCAAGAGGAAGCCAAACAGGCAGGCAGGGCUCCAGAGGUGCCAUUCCGCAAGCCGGACUUCUCUCCACCACCUCCUGAGCCACCAAGGCCUUCACAAGCAAUGCCAAUGACGACGCUGUGGCAAAUGCCCAUGCCAGUGCUCUACACACCCAGCCCACUCGAUCUUGGGCCAAUGACGAAGGUGUGA